AUGAGCAACCCCUCUUCUCCGGCCUCUUCCCGCGCCGCCGCACAGCACCAAGAAACGACGACCUUGCAGUUGCAGCAGCAAGAGCAAGCCGCCGGAGCCAGCCAGGCCGCUGGCAUUAUUACUCUUCCCCCUGCUGCAGCCGCCGCCGCCGACAGGGACGACAAGGACGACAACGGCGAGCUGUCGCCUCCGCGGUGCGAAUGGGAGUUCCGGCUGGCGGCCACCGUGCCGUCCACCGCCCUUCCGGGGGCGUCGGACGCCAUCGGCAGCGUCGACUUCGACCCCACCGGCUGCCUCCUCGCCACCGGCGGCAUCGCCCGGAGGAUCCGGAUGUACGACGUGGCCUCCCUGCUGGCGGAUGUGGAUAGCGGCGGCGGCGGCAGCGUCACCGGCGUCCCCGCGUCGUGCAUCUGCGUGCCGGCGAAGCUGAGCAGCGUGCGGUGGCGCCCGUGCGGCGCGCCGUCGCCGCCGGUGGUGGGGUGCGGCGACUACGACGGCGUGGUGACGGAGUACGACGUGGAGCGCGGCGUGGCGGCGUGGGAGCGCGACGAGCACGCGGGGCGGCGCGUGUGGUCGCUGGACUACGCCCCCGGCGCGGCCAUGGCGGCGUCCGGGUCGGACGACCGGACGGCGCACGUGUGGGACCCGCGCGCCCCGUCGGCGGGCUGGGCCACCGCGCGCGCCGGCGGCGCCGUGCUGUGCGUGGAGUUCGACCCGUCGGGCGCGCCGCAGCUGGCCGUGGGGUCGGCGGACCGGCGCGCCGUGGUGUACGACGUCCGCGCGCUGGGCCGCGGCGCCGUGGCGUGGAUGGACGGGCACGGGCGCGCGGUGACGUACGUGCGGUGGGCCGGGGCGGCGCCGGCGCGGCGGGUGGUGACGUCGGCGGCGGACGGGACCCACCGGCUGUGGGAGUGGGAGAGCGCCGCCGCCGCGGCGGCGGCGCGGGAGGUGCGGUCGUACAGCGGCCACGCGAGCGCGCGGAGCUUCGUGGGGAUGGGGGUGUGGCGCGCGGCGGGCCUCGUGGCCAGCGGCUCCGAGUCCAACCACGUCUUCGUCUACGACCUCCGGUGGGCCAAGCCCAUCUGGGUACACCCUUUCGUUGUUGGUGGGGCCCACAGCCCAGUCACCACCACCAGCACCUCUCCCUCUUCUGUUGGCGAAGCUGCUGCUGCUGCUGGUGGGUUCGUCAGCGCGGUGGCGUGGCGACAGGGCAGCGACCACGACGGCGGCGGCGCGCUGGUCGCCGGCGGGUCGGACGGCGUGCUCAAGAUGUUCACGUGCCACCGGCGGAGGGCAGCGGGCGACGGCGAUGAUAAUGCUUCUCUUCUCCUCUGA